GCUUGCCUCAACCAGUGAGAGGCCGACCGUCGCCAUGUCCGGUCGCGUGCGAGUGCUCUUGGCUCUCAUCACCGUGACGUGCACGCACGCGCUUAUCGACGAGGCGGUCGAUGUGAUCCUUCUGAGUAAACAGAUUGGCGAGGAGGUCCUCAACUCCUGGGAUGUCAUCGGCAAACCGUUCAACGCCUCCGGUGGCGUUGAAUUGCCGUUCAUUCGCAGAAGAGAAAGGCAGGUAUUGGAGCGCUUGUCCGAGAUAACGCGAGCUAUUCGGAAAUUGGAGUUGCAAGUGGAUAGGAGUUCGGUAGUCGCUACGCUGCUAGCUAAGAGCGUGGGUAAAGGGGCCCGGCUCGAACUGAGGCUACACGAAAUGGCCGAUUUGCUGAGUCGCGUGGACUCAGCCAACCGGAUGAUGCGGGACUACGUGAAGUUACAGCAAGAGCUGGAGAGGCGAACGCUUGAGGACUUUGCAGACUGGUGCGUGUCGCAUGACCGGGGCGCUUUGCCGGGCCUUAUGGAGAGGAUCCACGCCUUGAUUGUGCCACCGUAUAAACACCUGUUUGCGCGCGGGUUAAUGGACCUCAUUGUGGACGAUUUAGAGGAGAAAAACCCGGACGUGUGCGACUUGCAGCUGUCGCAGCACCAGCUCAUCUACGACAUGUACAACACGAUAGCUCUGACUGAGAUCAAGGGCUACGCCAUGAUGCAGUUCUCCUGGAUGCUGCUCAGGAUAUACGGGAAAGGGAACUUCACACAGGAAGCGAGUCUGACGAGACAGCGGUACAGCGAGAGGACCGCGCGCACCGCCGCCGCGGCAAGGGCAGCUCUAUCCAUGGCUAGACGCGACCUGUACAGGUGCGACCCACCGGAGCACAAGGAAGGAGAAACAUACGCCCAGGUGACGCGUCUCCUGCAGGGCUACAUCGAAAACGAAGUGGACAUGAACGCCGAUAACACUUGCAGCGAGAACUGCGCCUACUACACGCUCGCCGCGAACCACGGCUGCUUCAAGGACCAGUUCUGCGCGAAACAGCCCGCGUGCAAGGGCAGGAUAAUCAAUUGCCAAUACAUUGACUCGGACAUGUGGGUGUGUCCGGCGAAUAAAUCCAGUACGAGGAGAUAUGAGUGGAUCGAGUACGAAAACGGGCACACGCUCGGCCACGCGGGCAGUUGUAGGCGAGGGACCACUAAGGUCGAUUCCUGGUGGAAAUGGAACCUACUCCACUGCUCGUACUGUUUCUGUCUAUGCGAAGACGAGAUAGGAGCCGCGGAACGAUCGUUCAGCUUGCGCGAAGCGCUGGCCGACGUCGACAAGAACAAGGUCGUGACCGGCAUCCGGCUGGUGAAGUACGGCAGGGUGUUCCACCUGCAGGUGAGCGAGGGCGCGCUGGGCCCGCGCGGCGCCGUGGCGGCGGCCGGCUGGGUGCCCGUCACCAAGUUCGACGUGGACGACGCCGGCGUGCGCGACGGCAUCGACUACCACACGCUCACUUACGAGAAGCGCGCCGUCGACCUCGACGAGUUGGACUCCCCUCAGGGGCACGUUUUGACCGGCGUCAGGUUCCGUAUGAUCGGCGCGCACUUGCACUUCGAGAUACGCUCGACGCCGUUCAACUACACAACGGGGCGACUGUCGCCCGCUAGGAGCCAGUGGAUAAGCAACGACAACACCGAGGGCGCCGAUACCCCGCGGAGGCGGCUGGCGCUGGAGCGGGCGGACGUGCCCACGCGGGCGCGCGCGCCGCUGCCGCAGGACUCGCGCCACGACCAGUACGUGGAGUUCACGCACAGCGACUUCGACGCGGACGCCGCGCAGAGCACCGUGCCCUUCGUCGACAUACAGCCCGUCGAGCCCAGCAAAGGCGGCGCGCUGGUGAGCGGCGCGGGGCUGGUGCACCGCGGCGCGCGCGGCUCGGGCGGCUUCCUGGCGCCCAAGCUGUUCACGUACGACUUCGCGCGGCACGUGCGCGCCGACCCGCCGCCCGACGCCGCCGACGCGCCCGACGCCGACGCCGACGCCGACGCGGACGACUUCAUGCCCCCCGCUAGCUUUUAGCGCCACGUGAUAUACUCAUGUUUAUGUUAUACUUCUAGUUCCAAUAAAGUUAAUUAAGUGAUACGAA